UCCUGAAAAAAACGCCCUGAAGUCCUCUCGAUCAAUGGCUCUGGAGCUCAUUCCGUACAAGAGACUGGAAGAUCAGGACUUCUCGGUGACCGGGGAGAAGGCGGGGAAGCUGUGCAGCACCUCCUACAUCGACGUGCAGCUGAUCAUACCCGUCUCUGAGGAGACCUUGACCUUGCCUCUGCAGACCUGUACCAAGGUCCAGGAGCUCAAGUCUGCGUUGUCGGCGAAGCUGGGCUUCCUCGAGACGGACCGCUUCCAGUUCGUGGUGAAGCAGGGCUGCACCUUCAAGCGCCUCCAGGAGUCCGAUCAGGUGAGAAAGAAGAUGACGGUGCAUGGCUUGAAGACCUUCAAGCCGCCCUUGCACAAGUACCCCCACCCCUAUGGCAUCAUCGGGGCAGGCUACAACGGCAUCAAGACGGCCUUGUACUUCCUUAGGGACAAUCAGACCGACUUCACCAUCUUUGACCGCUACGACAAGGUGGGAGGCCAUGCCUGGCUGGAAAGCGCCAACAAGACCACCAGGUUGCAGACGGAGUUUGCGACUUACCACGUGUGGUUCGGCCAGGAGUGGUCCUCGGAGGGCAGCACGCUCUGCGGAGGGCCUCCGGUGGACUGGGAGCCCUGGCCCGCACGGGACCGAGUGGUGGAGCACUUCGAGCUCUGCGCUCGGGAGUACGGCAUCUAUGCCCACUGCCAGCUGGGGGUGAACGUGGAGUCUGCAGAUCUGAUUGGGCGGGAGAAGAAAGACGACCGCUACUACCAGCUGACUUGUCAACCUGUGUUGCCUCACCGAAAGGACGUGCAGGGGGGUGAGAAGUUGGAGCACCACAAGGUGGCAACUGAGGAGGGGUAUGCGGGGGCCUUCCUGCCGGACAAGAGUCGGAAGAAGUUCGUCUUCAGCUGCUCCUGCUUCUGCAUCUGGCCGGGGAACCUGAUCAACCCCCGGCAGAUCCAAUACGCCGGGGAGGAUCUCUUCGAUGGAUUUAUUGAGUACGGGGUGGAGAUGAGAUGUGACUACACGAACGUCACCGGCAAGAGGGUCAUCAUCCACGGUCAUGGCGCGUUCACUAUGGAGAACAUCCGCACGUGCUGCGAAUACGGGGCCAUGCACAUCGACCUGGUGUGCCGCAAGAGGAACCUCACCUGCCCGAGGGUGGUGUCCUGGUUCAUCAACCAGGCAAGCCCUCCCAUCACAGGGGCGCACUGCUUGAACCUGCUGAACGUGGCCUACAAGCUGUGCGACUACGAUGUUUGGGACAUGCAUUCAGUGCACGGCAAUGCCGCUCGCACCACAGCGUCGUUGGCACAGAGGACCCGCUUCGGGAUCGGAGACAUCUACUUCCUGGCGGCGGCCUAUGGGAUCAUGGAGGUGCUGGUGGACAACAUCAAGCGCUGCAGUGGUCGCACCGUGCACCUGGAGAGCGGCCGGCGCCUGGAGGAUGUGGACGUGAUCCUGAAGUGCGUGGGCAUGCUGCCAGACGCGACAGUGGACAGGGUGGUGAAGGCCAAGUACAUGCGGGGCUUCUGGAUCAACGGCGACCCCCGGCGCUACACCUGCGCGGACCCCGACGGGAUCUACGCCGCCAACUUUGCGGCCACCACCAUCGGCCCAGGUGCUUACAACUGGGUGGCCCUGAUGAAGCACGUCUGGGACUGCCCCAACGAGUGGAUCCAGCUGGACGAGACGGGGCACCUGGCCACGCUGCCCGAGCACUUCGCCGGGGACCCGGACCCUGACUCCCCAGCCUACUUCAUCAACGCCAGACAUUCGGUGGGCACCAUGUUCACCUACAGCAUGGUGAGCCCCGCCUACCGGGAAAAGACCGGGCACAUGGACAAGUACAAGCACUGGGUCGCGCAUUACGUCUUCCCCGUGGACAAGCUUUUGGCGGCCGCCCGCGCCGAGUGGGACGCCUACGAGGUGUCCUUCAGGGAAAUGGGCAUGGUGCCGAAGGAUGCGCCCUUGAUUCCGUAUCCUUACACGAAGGAGUUCAUUGAAGAGCAAUACGAGGUGCAUCGCCUGGAAAUUGAGCAGAAGGAAAUUGAAAGAGGAGCCUUGCAGACGCGAUCCUGAGAGGGAAUGCGGGAAAGUGGAUAGCUGUCAAGGCCGUUGGCUCCCAGAAAUCAGCCCAGAAGAACACCUCCGGCGGGGGAAACCCUUGCCGGAUGCAGACUGCGAUGGAUUCGGCCAGAGCUCGCCGGCUCAAAUCCCCCUCCCGGAAAAACUGGCUCACGGAGCCGAGCGGGGGGCUCCAGGAGGCCAUUUGUGAAGCCACCAAGAAGGCGAGCGCGGUGCGGCGC